UUCAGGUUGCUUUGUGUGAAUGCGGGUUUAUCUGCUGUUGGUUUCAGAGAAUGGAAUCUAUGAAUUUUCUCUCAGAUUUUGUGAUUCUACCGAUUUACGUUUCAACGGUAGCUAUUGGCUUACCGCUGAAUAUGGUGGUGUGUUGGGUGCUAGGCCCUACAAAGAAGAACUCCAUGUCCAUUUACGUGGUGAACCUCGCCAUUGCUGAUCUAUUCUACUUGAUGGUCCUGCCGAUGAAAAUCGUGUACAUCAGCAAUGGCGGUAACUGGAUAUUCCCUUCGUUCCUCUGCCGCGUAACAACCCUGAUAUUCUUCACGAACAUUUACGCCAGCAUCAUGAUCCUGGCAGCGAUCAGCGUGGACCGCUACAAGGCCGUGGUGCACCCGCUGGAGGUGUCGCGCUGGCGGGAGCCGAGGACGGCGUGGAUCGUGUGCGCCGUCAUCUGGGUCAUCACCGUCGCCGAGAUCGCGCCCAUCAACUACGUCGCGUUCACCGCCCAGAUCAACGCCACCAACGGCAGCAGCGCGCAGCCGUUCACGAAGUGCUACGAGACGUUCACGCAGGCGGAGACUGACUACCUCAUCAGGUACCGGAUGUUCCUGUUCUUCUCCCUCUUCGUCACGUCCCUUGCCGUCAUGCUCUUCUCCUACAUAAACGUCAUCAAGGCUCUGAUCGAAGUGAGGAAUCGGACGGAAACCAUCAGCCGGGACAAAAAGAAACGCGCCGUCAAGCUCACCCUCCUGGUGCUGGUCGUCUUCUUGGUCUGCUUCACUCCGUACAACGUGUCCCACGUCAUCGGCUUCAUCCAGAGCAAGUCCAACACACUCUCGUGGAGGAGCCUGGCUCUGCUCCGAGACGUCGUGCUCUGCCUCAUCGUGGUCAACGGCCUCUUCGACCCGCUCAUCGCUUACAUCGCAUCCACCACGUUUCGAGAAUCCUUCAAAAACAUUUGGAAAUGCGGCCGGAGCAACAAUCGCGUCGCAGCCGCAGUGGUUUAA